AUGAUAGCCGCCACCCGCCGCUGGUUCAGACGCAAUCGAACCAACUUCGUUAUCGGCGCGGGCGUGGUUGGAGCUGGGUAUCUCGCCGGACAGUAUGUCUUGGCCAAGGUGUCCGAGGCGCGGCAGCGUAUGAGCGAUGAGCGCAUAGCUAGGGAGAAUCUCCGAAGGCGAUUCGAGCAAAACCAAGAGGAUUGCACCUUUACUGUCCUCGCUAUCCUGCCCACGGCGACCGAGAACAUCAUCCAAGAGCUGCCUGUGGAGCAGACACUCAACGAGCUACAGAAACAGAAGGCGGAGCGAUUAGCCAGGAGUGUGGGAGCUUCGGAAGCGGCAUCAGACUUCCCGUCGGCGCCAACAAGUGUUGCGGACGAUGAUGGCAAGAGUUUGAAGAGCUUCCAGAGUGAGAGCUACGUACACGCCAGUCAAGUCGCGGACAAGAGCGGUGGUGAUGGCGAUAGCAGCUCCCUGGCGUCGCAGCCGCGGCCGAAAAAGAGCAAGGCACAGCUGUGGAACGAGAUGAAGAUAACUUCGAUAACGAGAGCAUUUACACUAAUAUACACCCUUUCCCUCCUCACACUCCUCACGCGGAUACAACUCAACCUGCUCGGCCGCCGAAACUACCUGGCAAGCGUCGUGUCGCUCGCGUCGCCUCCAUCCCAGAGCUCGAGGAUUAGUCUAGAGAAUCGUGACGAUGACAACUUCGAGAACGCGUACGGCAACGACUUUGAGACGAACCGAAAGUACCUCUCUUUCAGCUGGUGGUUACUGCACCGCGGCUGCAAGGACAUCAUGGCGAAGGUCACCGCGGCGGUGGAAGAAGUCUUCGGCUCGCUCAACCCGCGUGAAGACAUUACACUGGAGCGGCUCUCGGAGUUGACCCUAGAAGUCCGCAAAAGAGUCGAGGGCAGCACAGAGGAAGACAGGAGAACCAACAAAUGGCUCACUUACCUCCUCCCCCCCGCCGACCAAGAAGACUACGUCCUCACCGAAUCCGGCAUGGCCUCCCCCUCCACCACCCCAACCCCAACCCCCUCCCUCCGCCGCCUCCUCGACGAAACCUCCGACCUGAUCGACUCCCCCUCCUUCACACACGUCCUGACCCACCUCCUUGACGCCGCCUUCUCCCUCCUCAUCGACACAAAGAUGGCCACCACGGCCUUCAAGAUCCCGCCCGUGUCUGCCUCCACAGCGCGCGUCGUCGAGAUCACCGGUGCCAAUGAAGCAAAGGCGAAAGUGGCGAACACGCUUGCCGUGUUUUGUCGCCAGGCGCAUGUCAUUGGCAGCGGGGAGCAGAACGAGUACCUCGCGGCGAUGGAGAAUGUGCGGGAGCUGGAGGCGUUCGCUGCGGUGGUGUAUAGCAGCAACUUUGAGUUUGAGGCGCCGGAGGCGGGGGAGGUGAAUGCCAUGGGGUCGGGGGUGGGGGCGGAGACGGCGGAGACGGUGGAGACGGCGGAGUCGACCAGGCCGGGCACGGCGGACACGGCGGUGGGAGGGGACGUGGCGGGCGGUGAGGCUAGUUUGGUGGGGGCGGAGAGCGGGUUUGAGAGUGCGUGGGGAAAGGCGCUGGCGAAGGAGGAUGGGAAGGAUGUAUGA